AUGGAAAAUCCAGAUGAGUGUCAAGGUUAUAAUGAUGAUACAGAUGAAGAAGAGAAAAAGAUGCUUCUGGAGCAUUGCAUACGACAUCUCAAUCUGCCCGAUUUUGUAAUGGAACCGCAAAUUGUUGGCGUUUUACAAACAUUUUUUCGUUGCGGAGGCGAUCCAGAAACAGUAGUUGAUUUGCUUUCUGAAAACUACUGUUCACUGGGCCAGCUUUGUAACCUUAUGGGUGAUUGGUUAUCUGACAUGGAAGGCAAUCACAAUAAAGUGAAUGAAUGUUUCGAAUCAGCUUUGAGUGCUUUAAUUGUGAAACAUUUCCAACCUGAAGUAGCAGACACUAUAUUUGAAGCAGAAGGCGUUGGUAUAGAAUGGCUACCUGAAUUGAUAUCCCAUAAACCUUGGCGUUGCCUUAUUUAUGCUCUUGCUGAACAAUAUCCUCAUUGUUUGAUGUUAAAUUUUGCUGUGAAAUUAAUAUCAGAUGCAGGUUUCCAGCACGAAAUUAGUAAUGUAAACACUGCUGCGCAACAACUUGAAAUUUUUUCCCGAGUAGUUUUGACUACGAUCGAUGCUGUGCUUCAUGAACACUGUAAAGGGCCUAUGACGGAAACGUAUGAUCAUGCACUUGCUGAGCUUGUCCGAGUAGUAUGCCAUAGUGAACAUACAUAUUUGUAUACGCAAACACUUCUACAUGUCAUGUGCGAAGAACAAACGGGCGUGAUUUCUGCUGCAUGUGCACAGAUCUCCCAAGCUCUGCGCAUGGAAGCACAUGAUCAUGACCAAGAUACAUCUGCACUGCAUAUUGCUUUGAAACAAACGUACGAUGAAAAUAUGGGUUUAAAUUCUUUACAAGCUAUGCACACAAUGUUGAAUAAGCAUUGUUUAAAUCCCGCUGAUAUUACUUUACUUUAUCAACAGUACGUUUCCUCAGAUCCCCCACCUGUUGAGUUGAUCCGCGAGCGUGUUUUUGUGGAAAUGUUAAUCGAUUCCUUAUUCGCUUAUGAGGGCAUGAAAGUUCUUGCUGAUCAUCGACCAAAGUAUGUAUAUUUGCUUGCGUAUGCAUCAAGUGUAGGUGAACAGCAAACAAAAAAUGGACGUGUUCAAAAUCGCCAAGAAUUAGAGACAACACGGGAUACUAUUGAACAAGUUGUUAUGUUAUUAGAGAAAACGGAUGACCUCUUGAAAGAAAUACAACCUUUGUUAUGUUCGAUACGUCUCCCUGUUGUCGCAACUGGGUUAUUGCAUUAUUUACGCGGCAAUCUGCUUAGUGACGAAGUUAUUAGUGAACCUGAGUCUGCACAUUUUGUAUUAUUGGAUCAGAUAGCUUCAUCACAUGUCAGUUUGCAUGUGAGAGUUUUUCAAGCUCUUUGUGAACUGUACGACCGGCAGUCAAGUAUGAAUGAACCUGCAGAAGUGAUUAUGGAGAAACAACGUGAUGUAAUCGACCGUUUCGUUCAUUUGUUAUCAGUUGGUUUUGUUUUACCAGUUAUUGAAAAACUCAACAAAAUGUUUCGCGAUGGUCAGAUUGACAUCUCUCUUGUUAGAUAUUUUGCAAUUGAAGUUCUAGAAAUUGUUGCUCCACCAUACUCAGAUGAUUUUAUCAGUGUAUUUUUACCGAUCAUUUCCAAUCCAGAAAUUUUUGGCGAAAAUGUUAGUGAAAGAAUUCCAGCCGCAAAGGAAUUUCUAGAACAUUGUACCCCAUCGACCGCUGAAGUUGAAUCGUCACAGGUUUGA